AUUGAACUAUCAUAACACUGUUAGUGAGCUUGGUGAGAAGAAUGGGAUAUUUAUCAAGAAUUACCUUUCAGAAACCCUUGUCGUUUUUAAGUAGAACAAAUAAUGUAUUAAGAAUUUGUACACGAAAAAUAUCGGAACAGGGUAUGCUAAUAAAAAUAAUACUAUCUUCAAUACGCUGGUUAUUAUUUUGAUUUAUCCUUUAAAAUAUGUAUUAUCGCCCAAUAGGCGUUUUGGAAGAGCCGGUUAUUGAGUCAAAGCCAGCUUAUGAUGGUCAUAUUCAGACAACUAAAUUUCAAAAAUUUCUCUUGGGCAUGGGAUCCGGUAUACUUGCUUUAACAAAUCCGAAAAGAGGAGACAUGGUGGCGUUGAUGGGUGAAUCCACUGGAGAGUGUUCUCUGAAAUACAUGCAAUCGUGUAUGUCAAAUGAUCCAACAGGGAGAAGGAUUCUAGCUGAUCAGCCGAGAAUCAAUUCUGCAACUGUAGAUCUGGAUGAAUUAGCGAAAUUGCCUGAAGGAACAUUAGGCCACGAAUAUAUCAGAUUUUUGAAUGAAAACGGAAUUCAUCCUGAUGAUCGUCUCCCAGUAGAAUUUGUUGACGAUCCUUCUUUAGCUUACGUCAUGACACGUUAUAGGGAAAUUCACGAUUUGGUCCAUUUACUAUGUGGUAUGCCUACAAAUAUGUUGGGUGAAGUUGUUGUUAAAGUUGUUGAAGGGUUACAAACACGACUGCCAAUGUGUGUUUUGGGAGGACUGGGUGGUCCAAUUAGACUAGGGCCUAAACAUAGAAAUAUAUACUUUACCACACACUUUCCUUUUGCUGUACAGACUGGACUAAAGGCUAAGUCCUUUUUUAACGUUUACUUUGAAGAAGAGUGGGAAACAGACUUGGAAGAGCUAAGAAAUAGAUUAAAUAUCCCAAAAAUACCACAAACACCUAAAUUAAAAAAUGUUCACAAAACAUAG